AUGUCGACUUCGGACCACCCCGAUUCCGACGGCCAAACGGAACACACCAACCGCGUCCUCGAAGAUAUCCUUCGGAGCUACUCCAUCUCUACCGGUUCCUCGUGGGCUGUCACCGUACAGCAUGCGGUUUUCGCUUACAACGCCUCGGUUCAGGCAUCCACUGGCUUUUCACCCUAUUAUGCGGUCCAUCUCCAACACCCCCGCCUCCCUCUGAUGCUCUACGGUUCGGUCUCAAGUGGGGGUGGAAUCACUGCGCGGCUCUCUUCUGCAGGCGUACUCCCCAACGCCCCCAGCGGCACUCUCCAAACCAUCCCGAGCUUCCUCUUUGGCCGAGUCUCUGUCAUGCAAAAGAUCCAUGACAGCAUCGCUUCCGCCCAGCAACUCCAAUCAACUCAAGCCGACAAACAUGGCCGAUCUAACCUCGCGUCUUUCACCGCUGGCGAACAAGUUCUCCUCCACAAGUCGGUGGUACCCGCCCAUGUAUUCCGCACUAGUGCGGUUGGAAUGUACUCCAACGUCACGCUACGCAGUGCUUGGCACGACCCCUUUACCGUUCUCGGCGCGGUUAGUCCAACCAACUACAGACUCGAUCUGUCCAACUCAUGGCAGAUCCAUCCAACAUUUUAUGUGGGUAAACUCAAACGGCAUUUACCCCCAUUAUCUACAUCUACGCCCGAUGAAGCGACGGGAAACGAUCCUCUGGAUCUCGCGGCGGCUCUUCUCCCUCUUCCGCCGCAAUUGACUUCUCCUCCUCCCCAGGCGCCCCAGGCGUCGCCACCCCCGCCCCCGCCCGAUAAUCCGCGGCUGCUUGCUGCUCCGCCGCUGUCAAUUGACCAUUCUGUUGUGGCCUCGCCGGUGGAUUGUACCCCGCAAACGGAUUCACCGGCCGUGCCGCAGACAAUCGCGCUGCAACCUGCGCAGCCGUUGCCCGCACCUGCGCAUCUUCGCGCGCCCACACGAUCGACCAGGCGCUCGCCGGGAGCACCAAAAUCCCGCUGGACAUCAAUCGCGCCCAUUGCACUUUCACCGCGAUCACCAUCGCCGCUUGCUCUCGAGGAGGUGACCGUCGCGACACCACCGAUCGCCCACGAUGGGCAACGAUGGGACCGCAAUUCGCUGUGCGAGUCGAGCCAACUACAACUUAGCAUUUAG